CCGAGUGAGGUGCGCCUUCGCCUGCCCCCGGAGGCGCUGGGAUUACGGCAGCUGCGGUCCCCGAGGUGUCCCGACUCGCCGCCCAUGGCUCCGCUUUCCGCCUGCGAUGCUCGCUCGCCGUCCCGGUGCGGAAAGGCGGCGGCACCCGUGUGAAAUGAAGGGAGCGGGAUCACCGAGCGGCCGGCCGGAGCCGCUUUUACGUCUUUCGGAGCUGAGCAUGGAGGGAGGUAAAACAGCUACCUGAACGCGGGAAAAAAGCCCAGCCCAACAACAAGUAGCUGUCGCCUGGCAGGGAGCCGCGGAGGGCGGCUGGGGACCGGCGGCUGCCGCCGCGCACAGCCGAAGCCCGCUUGAGAAGAGGAGCCGCUCGCUCUCCUCUGGCCAAGGCAGAAGCUCGUCCCCCGCGGACCUGCCGGCGACCGGCUCUGCCCCCGCCCAGCCACCGGUCUCCCGCUCCCCACGCCCUCCGCCGCCACCCGAGCCCUCCCCAGUCAUGUCCGACCCGGAGCGAUGGGGAAGCUCGAGGACAACGAGAGGGUGAUCCUCAACGUGGGGGGCACGCGGCACGAGACCUACCGCAGCACCCUGAAGACCCUGCCGGGGACCCGCCUGGCCCUGCUCGCCUGCGAGUCCCGGAGCGAGUCCCCGAGCGGCGAGGAGCCGCCGCCUCCCCCGACCCUGCCGCCACCGCCGGCAGGAGGGUGCCCGGAGCGGGGCAGCGGCUGCAGCCCACGGGGCAACGGCGGCGCCAGCGAGUUUUUCUUCGACCGGCACCCGGGGGUCUUUGCCUAUGUGCUCAACUACUACCGCACCGGCAAGCUGCACUGCCCCGCCGACGUCUGCGGGCCGCUCUUCGAGGAGGAGCUGGCCUUCUGGGGCAUUGACGAGACCGAUGUGGAGCCUUGCUGCUGGAUGACAUACCGCCAGCACCGCGACGCCGAGGAGGCCCUCGACAUCUUCGAGGCGCCCGACCUGCUGACGGGAGAGCCACCCCCUGAUGGCGACGACGACGACCUGGCUGCCAAGAGGCUGGGCAUCGAGGACGUUGGGGCAACCGCUGAGGGCAAGGGCGGGCGGUGGAGGCGGCUGCAGCCCCGCGUCUGGGCACUCUUCGAGGACCCCUACUCCUCGCGGGCUGCCAGGUUCAUCGCCUUUGCCUCUUUGUUCUUCAUCCUAGUCUCCAUCACAACCUUUUGCCUGGAAACGCACGAGGCUUUCAACACCAUCAUAAACAAAACCGAGCAGGUCAUCAACGGGACCGAAGCCGUGCUGCAGUACGAGAUAGAGACAGACCCUGCCCUGACCUACGUGGAGGGGGUCUGUGUGGUCUGGUUCACCUUUGAGUUUUUAGUGCGGGUUGUUUUUUCCCCCAACAAGCUCGAGUUCAUCAAAAACCUCUUGAACAUCAUCGACUUUGUGGCCAUCCUGCCCUUCUACCUAGAGGUGGGCUUGAGCGGGCUCUCCUCCAAAGCGGCCAAGGACGUGCUGGGCUUCCUCAGGGUGGUAAGGUUUGUCAGGAUCCUGCGCAUCUUCAAGCUGACGCGGCACUUUGUGGGGCUCAGGGUGCUGGGCCACACGCUGCGAGCCAGCACCAACGAGUUUCUGCUGCUGAUCAUAUUCCUGGCGCUGGGCGUGCUGAUCUUUGCCACCAUGAUCUACUACGCGGAGCGCGUGGGCGCGCAGCCCAACGACCCCUCGGCCAGCGAGCACACCCAGUUCAAGAACAUCCCCAUCGGCUUCUGGUGGGCCGUGGUCACCAUGACCACCCUGGGCUACGGGGACAUGUACCCACGGACCUGGUCGGGCAUGCUGGUGGGCGCCCUGUGCGCGCUGGCAGGAGUGCUGACCAUCGCCAUGCCCGUGCCUGUGAUAGUCAACAACUUUGGGAUGUACUACUCCCUGGCCAUGGCCAAGCAGAAACUGCCGAGGAAGCGGAAGAAGCACAUCCCUCCUGCUCCUCAAGCCAGCUCGCCCACCUUCUGCAAGACCGACCUGAGCAUGGCCUGCAACAGCACGCAGGGAGACAUCUGCCUGGGCAAGGACAACCAGCUGCUGGAGCACAACAGGGCAUCAGUGUUAUCAGGUGAAGACAGUGCAGGAAGUGAGCAGCCACUCUCACCUGGUGAAAGGCUCCCUCCCAUCAGACGCUCUAGUACAAGAGACAAAAACAGAAGAGGGGGAACAUGUUUCCUACUGACCACAGGUGAUUACACGUGUGCAGCUGAUGGAGGGAUCAGGAAAGGCUAUGAAAAGUCCCGGAGCUUAAACAACAUAGCUGGCUUGGCAGGCAGUGCUCUGCGGCUGUCUCCAGUAACGUCGCCCUACAGCUCGCCUUGCCCUCUCAGGCGCUCGCGCUCUCCCAUCCCUUCCAUCCUGUAACGCAGAUGGCAUCGCUCGGCUCCCUGGCACUGACUCAGAUGCUGUGUGCCACACGCUGGAAGUCCAUGUAGCCGUUCCGUAGGCUCCACAAACGUGGCACAACUCUUGCACAACACUUCUGUCGCUAGUGAGAAAUGCCACUUGGGCAGCUGAAGGUGUUCAUCUUGGCUGUUAAAGGUGACCUAAGGUAGAGCUUCUCCUUUCCUCUGCUCUGCUGUCCUGCUUUCCCGUGGCAGUGGCAGGACUGGCAGUGGAUGCCCCUGGCCAGUGUCACAGGAUGUCAGGGGUUGGAAAGGACCCAAAGAGAUCAUCAAGUCCAACCCCCCAGCCACAGCAGGACCACAAUCUAGCUCAGGGCACACAGGAACACAUCCAGACAGGCCUGGAAAGGCUCCACAGAAGGAGACUCCACAGCCUCUCUGGGCAGCCUGUGCCAGGGCUCUGGAACACUCCUAGUCAAGGCGUCCCCCCUUGUGUUGAGCUGGAACCUCCUGUGCUGCAGCUUCCAUCCAUUGCUCAAUAAAUACAGUGCACUCUAUAAAUAAGCCUAUUUUCAGGGAGAUUCACUUAAAACGAUGUGCUUCCAACUAACUCUCAGCCACUCCAUUGAGCCUCCAUUUCUUGUGACUCUAUUCCAUCCUGAAGAUGUCUGGACUGGUGUCUUGGUUGCACACACUGUGACUUGGCUCUGCUCAUUUGCAUGGACCAUCCUGUCUCCAUCACCUGACGAGCAGUGUGGCCGAUGGUGGAGACCACAGAGGGCUCUGGAUGUGUGUUCUCACAUUGCACCAUCCCGCUGCAGUGAAAGCACAGAACCGGGCUGCAUGUGGGAUUGUUCUCCUUUGUUUCACCUUUCCCCUGGUUUUUUUUUAGCGACCUAUUUGUUUGUAACCGGCUUUCUUUUGUGAUUAACUGACUGUGCUGCUGGAUUGCUGUAUCGAGUUCUGAAUGUCUCCGGUUGUUUGCACACAGAUAACUGCAAAGAGGUUGUCAUUACUGGGUACACGCAAGCAGAAGCUAGAUCUCUUUCUUAAUGGCUGGGGGAAGGCACAAAACAUGCGAGCAAGGUAAACGCCCUCCAGACUUGCACUGUUAACUGGCAAGUGCUGCGUGGUCCUGUAGUCGUUUCUCUGCUCCAGGGCUCUUCGGCAGUUUCAGAGGCUGAGUACCAAGUGAAAUGGAGAAGAUCUGGGGGCUCUUUUGGUGCCACUGUAAGCGGUAGUGGUUCUCCAGUCUGCUUUUUGACCACACUUAGACCUCCGGCUGGCGAGCUUCAGAAGUUCCUCCAGGCAGUGUUGGGUUCGGUUUCUUUUCGAGGUGAUUUGUCCUGCGUGUCCUUUGUCUGUCUGGUUUGCGACUUGUCUCCUGUAGCCUCCAUCUGUCUCCAUAAAGCACAGAGGUACUGUUCAAAGGCUCUCCUCUCUUCUCAGAUUAACUAAGAACAUUUUUCUCCCCUCUCUCCUUUGCCUGUAUGUGUAUAGACACAACCAUACCUAUUUUUCCAGUGCAAAUCAGUAUCCUGUAGACUAACUCAUGUGAGCCCCCCCACGAUGAGUUUUGUUUUGGGUGGGGUUUGGUGAUGUCUUUACAGUACUGGUCGGUUGCCCUACUGCACCAAGUUCCCUCCUUGCAACCAGUGUUCCUUACAGCCUGCAACCCACAUACCCUUUAAGUGGCUUUUUCGUUCAAUAUGAAGCUCUGUUUGUGCAACAGGACCAAUAUGCAGUGGCAGAUUUCAUGUUCUGGGCACCCUAAAAUGGCAGAGUUCUAGAGCAGCCUGGGGAAGGUCAUCAGGACCCAAAGCUGAAGAGAUCCUGGAGAUUGUUGAAUAAUCCCUGACUGUCAUGCUUUACUUUUUGGUUUUGUUUUUUGGUUAGGGAAAGAAACAUAACUUACUGCUGCCAUUGUAAUGGGCUCUUAUGUACCUAGCCUAGCCCACAGCAUGAUCUGCAUGCCAGACUUCUUGUACCAUAAUGUAUUUAGCAGAGUAUACAUUUCUGAUACUUAGAGCUGUACAUUGAUUUAGUUUUGGUAAAAUACUGUCAAUAGAGAGAUAACUGCAAACAGCUUUUAGCAAAGGAAUUAAUUCCCUAUCUGGUGCUGCUGUUAUAUUAACUACAGUGUUGUACAGAAUUUAUCAUGGAUUUUUGACUGCUGAAAAAGGGACAAUGGAAUUUAGCCAUACCAAGGACUGUACUGGAAAGAAACUGCUGCU